UUUAAAGAAAGCCUUUGUAGGCAGGGGAAGAGAAACCAAGACUUCCGAAUUAAAGAUCAAGCUUCCGUUUUCCAUCAAGAAACAUAUCAGGAAGACUUAUUCGCUGCGAUGACAGAAGGAAUGGCAUCUCAAAGUGUUGAGAAGGGCCCGAGGUACCCUACAAUGCAGUAUCCUAAAGGAAAAGCUCCAUUCAUGAAAAGGAGCAUGCACCAUAACUCCACACUGGCCAGUUUUGGAUAUAUGAAAGAGUGCAUAGGUGAAUAUGUGUAUAAUGACAUCCGAGAUAAUUCACAAGUUAGAGUUCACGUCGGGAAAAACUAUGGGAACAAAAGGAAGUCAGAUGAGGAUGAGGCAAAUGCUGAUGAUAUUGUUCCACUACUGAUGCGGAGUGCACGUCGUACAAGAAUUGAUAUAGGGAAGUUUUUGCCUCAGAGAAACGAUAGAAGAAAAAGUUAACUCAUGUGGCGUGGCGAUUUGAAGAGGAUAUAUACCUUUUCUAGCUAGAUGAAGUAGGUUUGUAUCCGAAUGGAUCAGUGGGAAUCAAGCUCCUGCACAAUUUGUUCCAAGACAUCUUCCUUGGUAGUGUGGAUUCAACACAAUGGGAACUUGGUAAAGAGAAGGUUGCGGGUGAGAAGAUGAUGGAGAAGAGGAAGGAGAUAGUGCAAAGUGAUGAUAUUGUUGACCCUCCUCCAGUGAAAACAACCAAAGAUUACCUUGAGAAGAUCAAGAGGGCCUGUGAAGUUGAAGGAUGUGACUGAUGAUAGUGGAGAGGAGACCGAGGCUGCUAAGAUGGAAGAAGAAGGAUCACUGGUCUUGAGGGAGAUGUGGGACAAUUGAAGAUGGACUCUAUGAAUUCAAACUUUCGAGUGCAACUGAAUAUGCUAGGGACUCAAGUGAAGGAGAUUGAGAAGAAAGUCACUGUUCUUGAGGGAGAUGUGGGACAAUUGAAAAAAGCUGAAGAGACUAAAACAAGUAAGAAGGGGAAGGAAGUGAAGCAUGGGAGUUCUAUGAAGAUAGGGCCGACUGCUAAUGAUGAGUAAUCUA